UAAAUACUCUCCUUUCUUCUACUAACUUUAUUGAUACAACUCUUUUACUAUUCAAUUCUUCUAGCUAGUUCUGGUUUUGUUGCUCACAAAAUUUUUAAAUUUUAAUUCUUAAUUAUUUAAGAUAACAUAACAUACAUAAAUAAGUUCCAAAUUUUAUUUUCUUGUAUUUAUCACAACAUGGAUGCAAGGUGCCCAGUAAGAACACUGGAACUCACGGUCCAAUCAGUAGAAGGACUCCGACUGGACCGCAAGCCCGCCACCACGAAAAAUAAUCUCUUCGUGGUGGUUAGGGCAGAGUCCAUAAACAGCUACACCACAUGCAUGGCGAAAGAAGAUGAUACAAACAACAACCUUACGUGGAAUCACAAAUUGGAUGUCGAUGUUCCGUUGCAUGCAAGUUCCAUAACGUUGGAGGUGAAGUCCAAGACAUUGAAGGGUGUCAAAGACGUUGGAAUUGCAAGGGUUGCGGUUUCGGAAUUCAUGGGUGGUUUUGGUAGUGUUCCACAACAUUGCUUGCAGUUUUUGAGCUAUAGGUUGAGGGAUUGGGAAGGAAGGCGCAAUGGUGUGCUUAAUUUCUCCGUUAGGGUGGUGAAUUCACCGGAAUAUUUUUACACAAAUAAUUUGAGUGGAACUAAUGGUGACCUCACUAAUUCCUUUAAGUAA